AUGGAAAUUAAGGUUGUGCAAUUUUUAGUUUCCUUACUCGUUGUAACCUAUCAUGAUCUGAAAACACCAAGAUCUGUAAAUGCUAAGGAAUCAGAUGAGACAGCUUUACAUGAAGCACUGCUAUUGGUUGAACUUUUAAAGUCAGGAAAUUAUAACCCACCUCAAAUGUGGCGCAGGAUGGAUUACGAAAACGUUUUUGGACCGCAACCAAACGCAACUACUUCUUCUUCACAAGCCACCGAAAAAACUACAGUAUCAAACGCUGAGACUUCAACCGACUCAACAACACAAUUACCAAGCUCCAUAACCACCACUACCAAAGGACAGGAUUCGCAGUCCACCUUAAAACCCCCUACCACGGCAAAACAAAAUACCGUGUCAUCCCCAAAACCCCUAAAGACUCCAUCUUCAGCUACGGCGCUUACCACGCACAAAACCAUUUUAGUGACAUCCAAAACUAACAAUAAGUCGAAAAAUACAAAAGCACCCACGGUAUACCAAAAAAAAGAUACUAAAGGGACGGAACCAAAGAAACUGAACUUAAAUUUAGAAGAGAUAACAAGCCCGGUUCCGAUAACCGAUCCUGAACAAGCACAAGUAGUAUCAGAACUUGAACAAGAACUUGAAUCUGAGAUAGUAUAUUCUUCUAGUACAUUAUCACCAUCGUCUCGGUGGCAUAUGACAUGGCGGCCCACCACCAGAAUACAUUUAGCCGGCAGCACUAGAUAUCCUAUACCACUACCUGUAAAUCACGCCUACUGUUAUACCAACCCCGAAAGUCCUCUGUGUCGCACAUUUAUCAAAUAA